AAUGAUGACCCCACCAACACCAAGCUUAUUUUAAAUCUUUGCGAGUUGCAGUUGAUUUUAAAUUUAAUUAGGUUUGUGUGAGAUGAUUAGAUUGUGUUCACCAAUUCUGUUAAAGAAACAAAACACACUGUUGUGCAAUUAUUAUGUACUCCUUGCUUUAUCAUGCACCACUCUUUCAGUUGGUCCUUUCAUUAGCACUCAGAGAGGCUAGGGUUUCUCUAUCUUGUCUCAGCUUUUCUUUGCUAAUUUCUCGUAGGAGACUUGUUUACUGACCAAGUUUAAGAUAAUUUGCUGAUACUUGUCUCCGAUCAAUCUCUUCUGAAUGUUUCUGAAUUGUCAAUGAUGGCGGCAGUCUUCUGGAGUUCCAAUUAUUCUGAUAUUCCUUUUUGGUAAGGUUAGUUUCUGGGUGGUGAUGCUGGUUUGAGAAAUGGGUAAUUAAUUUAUCUUGAGGAUUUGUUUGGUUAGUUGAUGCAUUUGUAUUUAUGGAGUCACUGUCUGAAUUUGUGAAACCAUUUCGUGUUCAAACCCGGAGAUGGUUUUUGGUGGUGGGGUUGUUAGCUGUUACUUAUUUACUAUUUCAGUCCCUUUUGUUUCCAUAUGGUAAAGCUCUUCAAUCUCUGUUGCCUGAUGGUGAGGUUCUAGAUGAAAGUAGCCUGCCUACUUUGAAAACUUUGACAAAAUCUCUGGUUCGCAACCCUCUUACAGUUAAUGCUUCAGACAAGACUAGUGAUUCUGUGUUCAGAGAGUUUGUGGAAGAUGAGGACUAUUAUAAUCUUGGUGGAGAUACUGGGCAUGAUAGUGGACUUAACGAAAUAGACAGAGACUUAAAUGAUGAUUUUGUAACUGAGGGGAUUGGCCAGGAUAGUUCUAUUGAACUUGUCACUGAUAGAGAAGUGGAUGAUGAGGAUGUUGAAGAUCUGAUUGAUAGCUCUGCAUUGGAUAGUGCUAAGGAUAGAGAAAAUAGUUCAAUACCGGAAUUACCCACUGAAGCCAGACAUGAUCUCCCACUAGAGCAGAUUGUAAAGCCAAACAGGGAAGUUUCUACUGAAAAUACUCAAGAGCGACAUGCAAGUCAGACAGCUAAAAAUUUGGGUCCUGAAAUAGUCUCAACCACAUUAAUUCCAUUGGCAAACAUCACGUAUAAGAAAAUAGAGGUGUCAAAAGCAAGUUCUUCUGUUAGUCCUGUUGUUCCACCUAGUAAUACUUCAACUUCAAAAAAUGUUUCUGCAUUGAUUGGAUCUCGUGGGAAGAAGAAGAUGAGGUGUGAAUUGCCACCAAAAACCGUGAUAUCAGUAAAUGAGAUGGAACAUAUUCUAAUGCGGCAUCAUCGGUCUUCGCGCGCAAUGAGACCAAGAUCGUCCUCCAGACGUGACCAGGAAGUUUUAGCUGCAAAAGCAGAAAUCAAGAAGGCUCCUAACUCAGUGAAUGAUCGAGAACUUUAUGCUCCCCUCUUUCAUAAUGUUUCCAGGUUUAAAAGGAGCUAUAUUAAGUUACCAUAUGAUUGCUCUUUAAGGUGUUGUCAAAGAAGAAUUCUAACCAGGAGCAGGUGUUGUCAAAGAAGAAUUCUAACCAGGAGCAGGAGCUAUGAACUCAUGGAUCGCACACUCAAAGUCUAUGUCUAUAGAGAUGGGAACAAACCUAUCUUUCAUCAACCAAUACUCAAAGGAUUAUAUGCUUCGGAGGGAUGGUUUAUGAAAUUGAUGGAGGGAAACAAACAUUUUGUUGUGAAGGACCCACGAAAUGCUCACCUGUUUUAUAUGCCAUUCAGUUCAAGAAUGCUGGAGUACGCCCUUUAUGUACGCAACUCUCACAACCGGACAAACCUACGUCAAUACUUGAAGAAUUACAGUGAAAAAAUAGCAGCAAAAUAUCCUUAUUGGAAUAGAACUGGUGGUGCUGAUCAUUUCCUUGUUGCCUGCCAUGAUUGGGCUCCCUAUGAGACGAGACACCACAUGGAACAUUGCGUCAAAGCUCUUUGCAAUGCAGAUGUCACAGCUGGUUUUAAAAUAGGGAGGGAUGUGUCUCUUCCAGAAACAUAUGUCCGUUCUGCAAGAAACCCUCUUAGAGAUCUCGGGGGAAAACCACCUUCAGACCGGCACAUUCUUGCCUUCUAUGCUGGUAAUAUUCAUGGGUAUUUACGUCCAAUAUUACUGAAAUACUGGAAAGACAAAGACCCAGAUAUGAAAAUCUUUGGUCCGAUGCCUCCUGGAGUUGCAAGCAAAAUGAAUUACAUUCAACACAUGAAGAAUAGCAAGUACUGUAUAUGCCCUAAGGGCUAUGAGGUUAACAGCCCUCGGGUAGUAGAGGCCAUCUUUUAUGAGUGUGUUCCUGUAAUAGUAUCAGACAAUUUUGUGCCACCAUUUUUCGAGGUCUUGAACUGGGGAGCAUUCUCGGUUAUCAUAGCAGAGAGUGAAAUUCCCAACUUGAAAAACAUAUUGCUUUCAAUACCAAAAGAAAAGUAUCUUCAGAUGCAACUGGCUGUGAGAAAGGUUCAGCGACAUUUCCUCUGGCAUGCCAAGCCUAAGAAGUAUGAUCUCUUCCACAUGACCCUUCAUUCAAUUUGGUACAAUAGAGUCCAUCAGAUAAAACCUAGAUAACAAUGUUAAAUUCUCAACAAAGUGGAAAUGAUGAGACUUUUGGUGUAGAAAGCAAAUCCAGAGCGUACUUAUAUUCUUCCUACAAGCUGCAGAAGGCUUCUGGUUGUAUGUAGAAUGAGCAUGUACAGGUAUAUAUAGUUAAAACUUUUUCAAAGACUACUAAUGAAAUGUAUGUUGUCUUGCCAAUCUUCCUUUUGUAAAUGUAUUCUGUACAAAGAGGAAGAUUUUCUUCCGAAGGUUGUCCUGUAACCUGUUCUCCUCAUUUCAUCAUAAUUGUCGUGAUUUUUAUGGAACACACAUUUUAAGUACAUAAUUAGGUA